UACAGGUUGAAGCAGCAUUACAAAUAAACAAAAGAUGGAAGGAGGAGAUGAUUUAAUGGAGGCUCUGAAGAAUGAGUCUGUUGAUUUGGAGAAUAUUUCAAUUGAGGAGGUUUUUCAGAACUUAAAAUGUACAAAAGAGGGAUUAUCAAUCGAGGCUGCAGAACAGAGGCUUUUGAUUUUCGGUCCAAAUAAGCUCGAGGAAAAAGUGGAAAACAAGCUUCUGAAGUACUUGGGGUUUAUGUGGAAUCCUCUUUCAUGGGUUAUGGAAGCUGCAGCUAUUAUGGCUAUUGCACUUGCUAAUGGAGGAGGAAAACCACCUGAUUGGCAGGACUUUGUUGGAAUAAUUUGCCUACUUAUUAUCAAUUCUACUAUUAGUUUUAUUGAGGAGAACAAUGCUGGUAAUGCUGCAGCAUCUCUAAUGGCACGCUUAGCACCAAAAGCUAAGGUUCUUCGUAAUGGAAAAUGGAACGAGGAAGAUGCAUCAGUUCUUGUUCCAGGUGACAUAAUUAGUAUUAAACUUGGGGAUAUCAUCCCUGCUGAUGCUCGACUUCUCGAAGGGGAUCCAUUGAAAGUUGACCAGUCUGCUUUAACUGGUGAGUGUCUUCCUGUUACAAAAUCUGCUGGGGAUGGGAUUUACUCCGGUUCUACCUGCAAGCAAGGAGAAAUUGAAGCUGUUGUGAUUGCCACGGGUGUGCAUACUUUCUUUGGUAAAGCUGCUCAUCUAGUAGACAGUACAAAUCAAGUUGGUCAUUUUCAAAAGGUCUUGACUGCCAUAGGGAAUUUCUGCAUAUGUUCUAUUGCAGUGGGGAUGUUGAUUGAGAUUAUUGUGAUGUACCCUAUUCAGCGCCGAUCCUACCGUACUGGAAUUGAUAAUCUGUUAGUACUGCUUAUAGGUGGAAUUCCCAUUGCAAUGCCCACUGUCCUAUCCGUGACAAUGGCAAUCGGUUCACAUCGUUUGUCUCAGCAGGGGGCAAUCACAAAAAGAAUGACAGCAAUAGAAGAGAUGGCAGGCAUGGAUGUUCUUUGUAGUGAUAAAACUGGAACUUUGACACUGAACAAGUUAACUGUGGACAGAAACCUUAUUGAGGUGAUUUCUAGAGGAGUAGAUGUAGAUACUGUAAUUUUGAUGUCUGCCAGGGCAUCUCGGAUGGAAAAUCAAGAUGCAAUUGACGCUGCCAUUGUAGGGAUGCUAGCUGAUCCAAAGGAGGCUCGAGCCGGGAUUCAAGAAGUUCACUUCCUUCCAUUUAACCCGACUGACAAAAGAACGGCCUUGACAUAUAUUGACAGUGAAGGUAGAAUGCAUCGUGUCAGCAAAGGUGCACCAGAACAGAUACUCAAUCUCACGCAUAACAAAUCUGAAAUUGAACGGAAGGUUCAUGCAACCAUUGAUAAUUUCGCAGAAAGAGGGCUAAGGUCCCUAGGAGUGGCUUAUCAGGAAGUUCCUGAUGGAAGGAAAGAAAGUACAGGUGGUCCCUGGAAAUUCAUUGGUUUGUUGCCUCUCUUUGACCCACCAAGACAUGAUAGUAACGAGACUAUAUCUAGAGCUCUAAAUCUGGGCGUCAAUGUUAAAAUGAUAACUGGUGAUCAACUGGCUAUUGCUAAGGAAACUGGUAGGCGUUUAGGAAUGGGAACAAAUAUGUAUCCUUCAUCUGCCUUGUUAGGACAGAACAAGGAUGAGUCUAUUGCAGGUUUGCCAGUGGAUGAACUAAUUGAAAAGGCUGACGGAUUUGCUGGUGUUUUUCCAGAACACAAGUAUGAGAUUGUAAAGCGUUUGCAAGAUAGAAAACACAUUUGUGGAAUGACUGGUGAUGGUGUUAAUGAUGCUCCUGCUCUUAAAAGGGCUGAUAUCGGUAUUGCUGUUUCUGAUGCAACUGACGCAGCUCGUGGUGCUUCUGACAUUGUUUUAACUGAACCUGGUCUCAGUGUCAUCAUCAGUGCUGUACUAACUAGUAGAGCAAUCUUCCAGAGGAUGAAAAACUACACUAUAUAUGCAGUUUCAGUAACAAUCCGUAUUGUGCUUGGAUUUAUGUUACUUGCUCUUAUAUGGAAGUUUGAUUUUCCACCCUUCAUGGUUCUGAUCAUCGCCAUUCUAAACGAUGGUACUAUUAUGACAAUAUCAAAGGAUAGGGUAAAACCAUCUCCACAACCAGACAGUUGGAAGCUUGCAGAGAUUUUUACGACAGGAAUAAUUCUUGGAUGUUACAUGGCUCUUAUGACAGUAAUUUUCUUUUGGUUAGCUUACAAGACAAAUUUUUUCCCUAGAAUAUUUGGGGUUUCAACACUCGAGAAAACAGCUAAUGAUGACUUUAGGAAGCUUUCAUCGGCUGUGUAUCUGCAAGUAAGUAUAAUCAGUCAAGCUCUUAUAUUUGUAACACGUUCAAGGAGUUGGUCAUUUGUUGAGCGUCCAGGAUUUCUGCUCUUGGGUGCUUUUAUUAUUGCUCAAUUGGUUGCAACUAUAAUAGCUGUUUAUGCGAAUUGGAGUUUUGCAUCGAUUGAAGGUAUUGGAUGGGGUUGGGCAGGUGUGAUAUGGCUAUACAACCUCGUAAGCUAUAUCCCACUCGAUAUAUUAAAAUUCACGAUCCGAUACACAUUGAGUGGGAAAGCUUGGAAUCUUCUGAUUGAGCAAAGGGUUGCUUUCACUGGGAAAAAAGAUUAUGGGAAAGAAGAACGUGAACUUAAGUGGGCACAGGCACAAAGAACAUUACAUGGUCUUCAACCACCUGAGAACAAGAAUAAGGUUGUUGGUGAGCACAGUACAUAUGCAGAACUAAGCCAAAUGGCUGAGGAGGCAAAAAGACGAGCCGAGAUGGCCAGGUUGAGAGAACUCAAUACCUUGAAGGGACAUGUUGAAUCUGUGGUGAAGUUAAAAGGACUUGAUAUUGACACAAUCCCCCAAUCAUACACUGUUUAGGCUGUGUUUACUUUCCUUUUUUUUUUUAGAUUAAUUCAUGUUCCUAGUUAUUUAAUAAUAUUA